AUGUCUGUGUUACGUUUUGUUCUCGUCGCCGCUGUGCUUUUCGCCACUGUAGAGUGUGCACCUUUCUUCGAUGCAAUAUACGAUGCUAUCAAUGGCAACGCUAGAAGAUCGUAUGGUUAUAACGGAUACGGAAACUAUGGAUACGGAGGAAACCCUUACGGCAAUGGCUAUGACAGCGGUUAUGGAUACGGCAACGCAGGUUAUGGUGGCUACGCUUAUAAGCCUAGGCAUGAGAAACAGCCCCCGCGACAAGAAAAGACCUUCAAGGACAUCUGCAGGGUCCAUUUCCCGGCAUCAGCUGACUUCCCGGGAAGAAAUGGGAUAGUGUGUCCCUACUGA